AUGUUGUGCUCAAUAUCUGGAGAAGCUCCUCAGCAUCCCGUAGCAUCGAAAUCAGGCAAUGUUUUCGAAAAGCGCUUGAUUGAGGCAUAUAUCUCGGAAAACCACAAAGAUCCUGUUACUGGCGACGAUUUGGAGGUAGAGGACCUCAUCGACCUCAAGUCCGCCAAAAUCGUCACUCCUCGACCUCCUACUCUCACCUCGAUUCCUUCCCUUCUCUCAACAUUCCAAAAUGAAUGGGAUGCGUUGGCACUCGAAACAUUCACCUUACGGCUAUCGCUUCAGCAAACGCGACAAGAACUGACUACUGCGCUUUACCAACAUGAUGCUGCAGUUCGUGUGAUCGCCCGCCUCACUAGAGAACGCGACGAGGCCCGAGAUGCAUUAUCGAAGGUCACAAUUGGCACAGGAAGUGCUAGUAAUGGAGAUGCGAUGCAGAUUGAUAGUCAAGGUCUUCCAGAGGAGUUGGCAGCUAAGGUUGAUGCCGCACAAGAAAGACUUUCCAAGAGCCGUCGGAAGCGACCUGUGCCAGACAAUUGGGUUGAUGCGGAUACUGUUGAGAAGUUUGGUGUUGCCAGUGCAUCGAGUGCCCUUUACUCUGGUGCUACAUCUCUCGCCUUGGACGAAGCUGGAAAGCUGGUAAUUAUUGGUGGAACCGAAGGUGUUGUAGGGAUUUACUCGAUCCCGGAGGAGAAGGUGCAACAAUCGUUCAAGGCUGGAAGUGCGGUCACAGAUGCUGUUUGGUAUGGAAACCAGCCUGUUGUCUCCACGACGUCUGGUGCCGUGAAAGUGUUUGGGGAGAACGAGAUGACUUUCACAUCCCACGCUGGAAGUGCAAAUGGCCUGGCAUUGCACCCAAGUGGUGAUAUUCUGGCAUCCGUGGGUGUUGAUAAGAGCUUCGUGUUUUACGAUCUACCUGCUGCAAAAGCUGUCACGCAGGUCUAUACUGAUUCAGGACUCACUGUUGCUGCCUUCCACCCAGAUGGUCAUUUGUUCGCUGCUGGUGGUACUGAUGGCCAAAUCAAACUAUUCCACGUCAAGACCGGUGAAAGCGCCGCCAACUUCGAACUGGGAGGCCCAGUGCAAGAUUUGGUCUUCUCCGAGAACGGUAUUUGGUUUGCUGCUGUUGUAGAGGGAUCCAAUAGUGUUGUCAUAUUCGAUCUACGGAAAGAGGGUGAAGCAGCUAAAGCAAAGGUGCUGGAAAUUGGGGGACAGGUCGACACUAUCAGAUGGGACUACACUGGCCAAUUUCUGGCUGCUGCCGGACCUGGAGGACUCACUAUUUCGCAAUAUACGAAAUCGUCGAAGUCAUGGUCGGACGUCAUCAGUACCGCUGUUCCAGCAACCGCUCUCGAGUGGGGACCGGAGGCGAGGACAUUGGCUACCGUGAAUGGUGAUGGAGUUGUAACAGUGCUUGGAUGA